UUGAAUUUAUAAAAUUUAAAAAGCGGCAGCAGUUAAGAAGUAAGAAGAAAAGGAAUGUCGUGCGAGAGAAAGGACGUGGAAAAGAAGGAAAAAGAAGAAAAAAAGGCCGAUGAAAGUAAGAAGAAAGACGAGAAGAAGGAAGAGAAGAGCAAAGGGAAAGAGGAUGAAAAGAAGGAGAACCAGAAAAUUGCCGGAGCUGUCCACAAUCAAAUGAAGAACAUCAACUAUAUGGCGGAAGGAUCGGUGAUUUCGGGAAGAUUCGAAGUUGAGGGGAUUAUUGGCGGCGGAGGAUUCGCCCAGAUCUACAGAGCUUGGGAUAAAGUUCGUAAAGAAGACUGCGCCGUCAAAGUGGAACACGCAUCACAAGAACAAGAGAUGUUCGAAGAGCUCUUCCACACAAACGAAUCACGGAUCGGACUCUUUACCGUGCAAUGGCCCAAGUUCUGAAGGCUCUCGCGUUGGUCCAUCGGGCAGAAUUCUUGCAUCGGGACAUAAAGCCACCCAAUUGUUGUAUUGGUGCAACGGAUUGUACUCGUAUCUACUUGAUUGAUUACGUUCUGACACGCCAAUACCUUGACAAGUGUGGAACCGUCCGAAACCCCCGUCCCGGACUUGGCCUUCGUGGUACAAUGCGCUACAUGAGUUUGGAUGCUCAUGCACGUCAGGACCUCGGCCCCAAAAACGACUUGGUUUCAUUCCUCUACACAACUAUUGAAUGUGGAGAUGGAUGUCUUCCAUGGUCGUACGAGAAAUCCGAGGAAAACUGCAUCAAGUUGAAGCAAGCCCAUAUUGGAGAGAAGCUGUGCAUCAAGAAACCACUCAUGACGAAAGCUGCAGAGUACAUCGAGUCUCUGAACUAUCACAGUAUUCCGGAUUAUGAGAAGCUGCUCGCAUUGAUUGAAGAGUGCAAUCCAGCGGAUCUCAAGGAAAGCGAGCCUUACGAAUGGCAGUACCGUCAGCCUCACAAUCCAAUGACACCGACAACUGGCGAAGGACUUAAUGGAACACCAGGUGGAACAAAAGAAAAUGUGACCGAGCGGAUGGCAAAUUGAAAAUAGAUCUUUCUUCAAAACUCUUCUUAUGUUCAAUACAUUUUUCUUCCAUGAAUUUUU